CUUGGACAGCCAACAGUCAUCUCCAACAGUGCAGCUAUGAGCAUUGAGAACCUGCCUCUGGCUGCUCAUGGCUUGUUCACCUGUCAGGCUUUCUAUAACAUAGAACUGGAACCUGUGGUCUACUACUACUAUGUACACCUCACAGUCCAAGUCCCCAUCAGUAAGCCCAACCUCCUGGUUAAAGAUGUGUCUCCAGUGGAAGGAUCCACAAUGUGGAUGCACUGCUGGGUGGAAAAUGGGACUGGACCAAUCCAGUAUGUUUGGCAUCUUGAAACCCAGAAUGGAAACAAUACAAUCUUUACUCAGAGCAACAGCAGCUUCAUCAGUGUGACAAACAUAAAUCGAAACUACACAGGCUGGUAUCGCUGUGUGGCCAGCAACCCAGUGAACAACAAAACCUCUGAUAGGUUGUGGCUGGACGUCAUGUUUGGUCCAGAUGUUCCUCAGCUAGAUGUGACUCCGUACCGAAAAACAGAGCAGGGAUACUCUGUUCUGGAGACAGAAACUGUUUCUUUGUCAUGUCAAGCCCAGUCCAAUCCAGCCAGUCAGUACGUCUGGUCCUACAAUGACUCCAAGGUGACCACUGGGCGACAGUUCACCAUCGUUAAGAUCCUUCGGAUGCAAACUGGCAACUACACCUGUUUGGCAAAGAACUCUUACCUCAACACCAGCUCCAGUACAACGAUCAGCCUGACUGUCUACUACCCACCAGACGACUCAAUUUCAUGCACUUUGGAGCCAGCUUUGAAUCACACCUCUCUGAGACUCUUCUGCUCCUGGCCUGGUGGCUUCCCCUCCCCUUCCCUCCGCUGGACUGGAGAUCUGAUACAGCCUGCUCAGCCACUCAACAGCACUGCCAUCUUGCUGCCCUCUGAAAAACUGACCUCUAACAACACCGUGUUUACAUGCCUGGGCUCUCAUCCUACCAUAGCACAGCUGACAGAAUGCAGCACACACACAUAUAUUCCACCUGCAGAGCCAGUGUGUUUUGCUAAUGCAACCAAUGACAAAAAGUAUCUGAUACUGUCCUGCUCUUGGAAUGGAGGAGCCCCAAAAGCCUUAGUAUGGUGGGAGGGCCCCAGUGGUCAAAGCAAAGGUGGAGAAGAAGACUUCAACACCCUGAUCCUCCACUAUGGCUCUGUACAAAGUGGGAAACCCUACAUCUGUUAUGCGAAGCAUCCACUUCUGGUCCAACCCAAGACCUGUGGAUUCACAUUUGGUCAGUGCUCAUUCUCACCCUACAGUGUAAAUACUCUAACUUCAAAUUUGAGAUACUCCAGGUAG